AAGACUCGGACUCUGAGACCUCAAAAGGUCCAGGGCACGGUCCGCCGCGCCAUUUCUCUGUGCACCAUGAGGAGACCGGCGAAUGCUGGGGAGGUGGAGCGAGACAUCAAGAUGGCCCGGGAGCAUCUCUUGCUGGGGAACUACGAGGCCUCCAAGGCGCGCUAUGAAGCCGUGUUGUCCAUCUCUGCCGAGCAACUGGUGGCCGCUUUGCCGGACCAUGAGCGUUCCAGCGCAGCCGAGAAGUUCGAAAGGGUGCAACAUGGAUUGAAGAGCGAGGUGAAUCUGCUGACGCAAAUCCUGGACACCUGGAAAGACUUGGGGUCUUUUGGUGCUGCCAACCAGGGUAAAGUGAACAUCCUGGAGGACUUUGCCAGUAUGGCAGCAGCGCCCCAAAAAGAGGAGGUGAAGCAACCGCCUGCUCCAGUUUGGGACGGCGUGAUCGCCCCACCGUCGCCUCGUGACCGCGGACGGGAGGCAAAGCCGGCGGCACGCCGCGUGGCCUCUGGAGGCAACAACCUCCCAGGCUGGGCGCAGGACCCGCCGGCACGACGGGAUGUGCCGCAACGGAGAUCUCCCACCAGGCAAGAGGAGCGUUCAGUGCCAACUCGACGACAGCCUCAGGCCCAUGGCACCCACGGCCACGGCCAUGGCCCCCCGGACCGGGGCGCCGACCGUGGCACCGACCGCGGCGACCGUGGGGAGCGCGGCGGGCGGAACUACAAGAAGCCUUGGAUGGAUAAUGUGCCCAAGAAGGACGAGUCAAAGGGAAAGGGCGCUGAAGCUGGCUCCUUCCUGGAACACGUCUAUGGCAGCAGCGGCAGCGGUCCUGAUGCUGACUUGAUUCAGAUGCUUGAGAGAGACUGCGUGGAUCGAUGUCCUUCUGUGACGUGGGACUCCAUUGCAGGCCUCGAACAAGCCAAGUCUCUGCUUGAAGAGGCUGUGGUCUUGCCCCUGGUCAUGCCAGAGUAUUUUCAGGGUAUCAGAAGACCAUGGAAAGGUGUUCUGAUGUUUGGUCCUCCCGGUACUGGUAAGACGAUGCUGGCGAAGGCAGUUGCUACGCAGUGUUCCACCUCCUUCUUCAACGUCUCUGCUUCUACCAUGGCGAGUAAAUACCGUGGCGACUCAGAGAAGUUGGUGCGACUUCUCUUCGAGAUGGCUCGCUUCUAUGCUCCCACCACCAUCUUUUUUGACGAGAUUGAUGCGCUUGGCAGCAAGCGCGGGGACGCCAGUGAGCAUGAAGCCUCCCGCCGUGUCAAAGCAGAGCUCUUGGUCCAGAUGGAUGGUGUUGGUACCGAAGAGGGCACUGAAGGCACCCGACAGGUCAUGGUGUUGGCUGCCACCAAUCGACCCUGGGAUCUGGACGAAGCAUUGCGGAGGCGUUUGGAGAAGCGGAUUUACAUUCCCUUGCCAGAGGCUGAAGGCCGCAAGCAGCUCUUUGAAAUCAACCUACGUGAGGUGAAACUUGGCACAGACGUGGCCAUUCCAGGAUUGGUGGACAAGACCAAAGGCUACAGUGGUGCAGAUGUCACCAACGUUUGUCGGGAGGCAGCCAUGAUGGGUCUCAGAAGAAGAAUGCAGAAAGCUCGACAAGAAGGAAAGAGCUUGGUGGAGAUGCACAACUUGAAGCAGGAGGUGGAUGUGCCGGUGACGCAAGCGGAUUUCUUGGAGGCCAUCUCCAACGUGAAUCGGUCCGUAGGCAACGAGGACUUGCAGCGCUUUGCUGAUUGGAUGAAGGAGUUUGGCAGCAUUUGAUGGCACGCCGGCCGCAGGGAUCAGUAGAGGGAAACCACACCGAAACAAAUCCAGGGGGAUACGUGCCGUGCCUUUUAGAAUCAACUUGGAUGGUGGGG